AUGUCUUCCCCUCAAACAUCAAGAAGGUCCACAUCAACACUAUCCACUUCCAUAUCUCAACCAUCACUCAUCACUCAAUCUCACUCUCACGCCACACGCUUCCUCAAUUCCAGAACACCCACACCUUCUUCAAGAAGACGAGAAGUCACUCUUUCCGGUGAAUACGUACCUGGUUCUGGUUUCAUGGUAGGAAGAGGUACAAGAUCUGGUACAUCUGGAACAGGAACCGGUUUAACAUCCAAUAGUACUACUGUUCAUACUACUGGUACAGGAAGUGAUAUAAACCCUUUUGACGACGGAUUACAUCUUGCCAGUGUGAUAGGGAAACAUGAAUGGGAGAUUAGAGGAGUGGAAGAAUUAAGAAGGUAUUUAGAAGAUGAUGUUAUUGAAGGAGCAAAUGAAGAUAGGGAAGAAGAAAGUGAUGAAAUACCUAGGAUAUUACAAGCUGGUGUUAUGAUGAAAGAUGAUUUACAUAGGUUAGAUUUAGCUAGAACUCUUAUUCAACCUUCCCCUCAAUCAGAUAUCGAAACUCCCUUUCGUCCUAUACCAGGUAAAACUCUUUCUCUAUAUAUAAAAUCCUGCGCUAUGGAUAAAAUCAAAUACGAUGGUAUUUUCACAGUUUCGAUUUUCGUCGGUAUCUCUCCUCCUGGACGUAAUACAGGACAAAGAUAUUCACCUAGAGAAUGGUUAUGGACUUCAGAAACAGAAUGGGAUUUUUCAGUUUCAACAGAUUUAUACGAGUUGGUAUUACCACCUUUAUCGACUUUAUUAAGUCAAUUGGAAGAGUAUACAUUUAAGCAAAAUAUCAAUCAACCUUCUGGAAAUAUCUCUAAUGUUCAUUCUGAAGAAUAUUCAAAAGGAUCACAAGAUUCCUCAACACCACGUUCGGAUGUCUUUCCGAAAGAUAUUCAAAAUCAAGCUUUUAAUACGAGCACGAGUGUCGAGGAAGGGAAAGAUACUUUGGUUUUAGUUGUUCAAAUUGAAAGUCCACCAAGAUCAACGGUGACACCUACGAAAUCUCAAGUGGAAGUUCCUACCGAUAUGAUUAUGGCAUUAGGAGAAUUGUUAGAUACUACUCCUUGUGACGUUCGAUUCGUUUGUGCGGAACAUAUCCUUAAUCCAGGUGUAUCCAGGGAUUCUGGGGUUGUUCAAGGACAUUUACAUGGACUACAUGAUAGUCUGGAUCGGGUUGGAGAUGUUAUUGGAGGGGAUUCUUCUAAUGCUAGGGUCAUUGGAGGGGAUGGGGAAGAAACAGAAACAGAAACACGAGAAGAACCUAAAUUGUUAUCUCGGAAAAGAACAAUCUACGCACAUUCGGCCAUUCUUAAAGCCAGGAGCGAAUAUUUCCGUGAUCUUCUAACUGGAGGUUUUUCUGAAGCACAGGACAAAGAUUCGAAAUCAGAAGGUAUCACAACGUUGGUAAUGUUGGAAGAAGAGUUUGAGACUGUUUAUUGGAUGUUAAGAAGUGUUAAUGAUAGAUUCAUCUACACCAACUCUCUCCUCUUUUCCCCAUUUGACGAUCCAAGAACUAUCAUGUCACUUCGAGAUAUCGACACUUCACAAUUAUCUAUCCUCCUCUCUCCUACAUCUCCAUCUUCAUAUACUUCUUUCAAUCCAUGGAUAUUCCAACAUCUUCCUUCUCAACCAGAACCAAAUGUAGAAGAACAAGAAGGAAACGAACAUGAAAAAGAUUUCGAUGCUAGAACGGUAUCAUCAAGUAGUACGACAUUAUCAAAUGUUCAUAAACCUGAUUCUAGUGAUAGAGCUCAAUCGGUAUUAUCACAUACUUCAAAAACUUCUAUCAAUUCUACCAAUUCUAGAAUAUCAAGGUUGAGUAAUGAAACAAAUGUGAAAAGUAUUUCUGGGUCAACAAUCUCAACUAAUUCGAAUUCGACUACUUCGACUACUUCUUCUGCUACACCAAGAAGAAUAGGGAAUGAUAAAUUGAAAGUUUCGACUAGAGGUAAAGAAGUUCAAAGUGCACACAGUCCAAAUAGACAAUUAAAUUCUCCAAAUAGAUCUUUGAAAUCGGGAUUAGGUGUGGGGACAACAAAAGGAUUAUCGGGAACCACUACGUCAAGUACUUUAAGUGGUAUAAGCGGUGUUAGUGGUAUGGCAGGUUUGGGAGGUAUGAGUGGAAUGGCUGGUGUGGGAGGUAUGAGCGGUAUGGCAGGUAUGGCAGGUGUGGGAGGUUUGAAUGGAUCGACAAGAGAAUUAGGAAAUAAACAAUCAAUACUCCAUCCAGACCCUAAUCCUCAUCCGACACCUCAACCUGGACCAGCAUCAGCAUUGAGGAUUUACAUGUUAGCACAUCGAUACAGACUUGAUAUGUUGGAAAGUUUAGCCAGAGAACAUUUGGUUGGACUUUUGAAUGUUGAUAAUGCCAUGGGAAUGUUAUUGGUCACUUAUCGAUAUGAAAUCCUUCAUCGUGAUAUCAGAGAAUACAUACUCGACCGUUGGUCCUCCGUCAAACGUUCCAAUGAAUAUUCGAAAUGUCUAGACGAAAUCCGUUCUGGUUUUUGGGGAGAUGAUGGUUGGCCAGCGUUCAGAGAGUUGGUAGAUGAAUUAGCUUCUUUGACCGAAUCGGAAGAAUGA